UAUGCGAGUUUCGUGAAGUGCAAAAUUGAUGAUGGGAAUUAAUGGAGAAACUUCUUAAGCUGUUUUAAGAUUUUUAUUUUUUGACUAGAGGCGUGUAUGGAAUUACAACGUUCGGAAUAAUGACUUAUUAAAUGUAUGAACGCAUUGAAUCGAUGAGUUUUUUUCUCCAUCAUGAGUGGCCCACAGUCCGACGAUGGAGGGCAUUGUAGUCGUAGCAUCCCACCGAUUCGAGUCCAAAGUGACACGCCUUGUCCACCAUCAAAUGCUAAUACUCCAGUUCCAACUACCUUGCACGAGGGCAAGGAGACAAAGACAAAUGGCAACAGCAACGGGCCAGUGCAGUUGCCCGCAUUAAUGACAUACGGGUCAGUUGCCAGCAACGGGCAACUGACAGACACCGCUAGUCAACAUGGCUUGAAGAAAGAGCAAUCAGUCGGCAACUCAGACUGUGCUGUUGAAAUUAAAGAAAGAACUGGUCAAAACAAGCCAGGAAAUGAUUUUAAUCAUCAUAUACAACAGAUAUCAACGUCAUCUGAUCGUGCUGUUAUGCCUCCACCUCCUGCACCCUAUCCAUUGAACCAUCACCAAACCAACAGAUCCGUAUCUGGACCAUCACCAACCCUAAGUGAUAUUUCAAGUAUCCGGUACACACCACGUAACACGACAAUGAAUUCACUGGGAUCUGUUCCUGGUGAUGUAAGAACCGGUUUCACCAAUGGACUGCAUCAUGGUGGAAUUAAACAGGAAAUGCCUUCAAAUGGCUACCGCCAUCUACCGAGUCUGACACCACAGACCAGUGUUGGUCCAAGUUCACACGCUGGCAGUGAGAUUGGUGAAAACUUGCAGCCUAGUUCAGCAUUGUCUCACUAUGCUUCAAGUAACAUCUCUCUGUCACCAUUUCCACCUGAAUUUUCACCGAGUAGCUCAAGCUUUGCAAGUCCUCGACAUUCAGCAAGAUCUGCACGAUCUCGUAAGCGUACACUCUCUGUGUCACCUUUGUCUGCUGAUGGCAUUGAUAUCUGUCAACUUAUUCGCACAAGUCCAACAUCGUUGGUUGCCUUCAUUAAUGGAUCGCGUGGCUCUUCAGCAUCCCUCUCGCCCUCCCCUGGAAUGCAAGGGGAGUAUGGACAUUUGUCUGCAAGGAACAAUAUCAGUCCAAUGUCAGUGGCAUCCUCUGUUCCCCAGAAUUACCAGCAACCUGCUCAUGCUGAUCUAACAACAUGCCCUCCUCCUCCACCUUAUCACCCUCCAAAGCAAUCACAGUCAGAGGAUUAUAAUGUGUACCGCCACAUGCAGCAAAUAGAACAGGGUCCGUUGACUACAGGAACUCAGCCAAUGCAGAGCCAGUUGAUUGUGCAGUCACGGGACCAAGCGAUGCAGGAACUCUGCUCAGACUUCACAUACAAACAGGAACCUAUGGAUGUUUAUCCACAAACUUCUUCCUACCAACCCAAUCAAUCCUUUCCACCAACAAGCACGUUCACUCCAAAUGCAGGCAACUUUCCUGUCAGUACGUACGAACCGUCAGCUCCUUACCAGCAAGAACCACGUUUCUCGCAACCUAACACAUACACCCAACAAGGUAACUCAUUUGCUCUUGCACCUUCUAUAAUGCCAUCAAAUUCUAUGGCUCCUUCAGUAGCUCCCAACUACCACCCUCCUCAUCCGACUGUGGGAUUUGAACCGAACAUGCCACCAAUGGGCAUGGCAAAUCAUCCGGACACACUACCACCCCCUCCUCCAUAUAAUCAACACCUGGACACAGGUCAUCCGGUCAUAACCAACAGGCAGACACAAGAUUCUCCGGCAUCUGUAAACACGGACCAGACAGAGAUUGACGGCAAGCUGCACACAUGCAAGUGGAUUGACUGCAACGCUGCAUUCGAGGAACAAGAUGACCUCGUCAGACACAUAGAGAAAGUGCAUAUAGACCAACGCAAAGGUGAAGACUUCACUUGCUUCUGGCAAGGGUGUACAAGACGGUACAAGCCAUUUAAUGCACGCUAUAAGCUGCUUAUUCACAUGCGUGUCCACUCCGGUGAAAAACCUAACAAGUGCACAUUUGAAGGUUGUAACAAAGCCUUCUCAAGACUGGAGAACCUGAAGAUACACCUACGCUCACACACAGGUGAGAAGCCGUACCUUUGUCAACAUCCUGGUUGUACCAAAGCCUUCAGCAACUCCUCCGAUAGGGCAAAGCACCAACGCACACACCUUGAUACAAAACCGUAUGCUUGUCAAAUUCCAGGGUGUACGAAGCGGUACACCGAUCCCAGCUCACUACGCAAACACGUGAAGGCACACACAGCAAAAGACCAGCAAGCUCGAAAAAAGCUUCGUACAAGAGAAGAUUUCUGCAGACCCGAUAUUCUCAAUGACUGUUUAACGAUUUCUGGGUUACAAACUUUCGGACAUGCAGACAGUCCAAUGGAGAUGAGUGACAGUGCCCUCGGAAGGUCACUUAAUUCAUCAAUGACUGGAAAUGGUUCUGAAAUGUUUCCAGGAUUGUAUUCAAGUGUCCAAUCAAGUCGAAGCGGCACAGCUACGGGUGCAUCCAACUAUGGCAACCAUCAAUCACCUGUUCACAGCUUACAAGGGAGCCCUCAUGGUCCUGCUCAUCCCUUAUCAACUUCCGAGGAUACAAGCCAGAGAAUUAAGUGUUUACCUCAAUUAACGAGGAGAAGUUACCCCCCUCCAGUACCAAUCUCGCGCUCAAUUCCACACUCUUUCAUGACAGUACAACUGAAGCCUAAGCCCCCAUCACUGUCAAGUCAAGCAGAAGCAAACAUGCAUGAUGAUUGUAUAAAUCCAGGCCUCGGGAAUUGCAACAAGCCUCAACCUAUACCCAUGCCUCACCCUCCUGUCGGGCAACCCAAUUGUCGUAUGAUGGUGCAUCGCUCCCAGAUGGCUCGGCCUAGCCUCACGUUGCAGACUCUGCAUCCAAUUCCAAGGCCACACAACAACAACAAUAAUGAAUACAAGUCUCCGAAAGGUUUGCUUGCCAUUCCAACAUUUGAGGAGACGUUAACACCGACAUCACCACAACUGAAUGUGGAGACACUGGAGAGGGCGCUGUCUGCCCAUUCAGUACGAAUCUCUGAGAAUUUUUACAACGAUUUACCAAACACACCUAGUGAGUUUGGCGCAUCGAUCUUGAGCGCAAGUCACGUUGUCGAAGAUACGCAUCACAUGCUGCAGAUGAAUGCAGUUGAUCGAUGUCCGAGCCAACUGUCAGCCGUGUACGCUGAUGGUGCAUCGUAAGACUCGCGCUAAUAUGUUUUCACGCACAACAUUUUUUUGCAUUCUUAAAAUAGAUAUAUAAAUAAAUAUAUUUUUGGUGAUGACUAAUCAUUUUGUUUGUAUUCAAAUCCAUCAGCAAAUAACUUGCCAAUUGGAGUUUAAGUGAAGAUGAUGAAACUAAAAUCUGCAUACACUAUACUCUAUUUUUCUGUCAAACAAUAUUUGAUCAGAUGUGUAGUAGCAUAAGCUUAUUUUAUAUAAACACACAAGGUGUGUGAUUUUCCAUAUCUGUUAAAGAUGUCCUGCUUCAUCAGACUAGGUUUGAUCAUACUUUGGGGGUUAUUUUUAGACAAAACACAAAUCUGAAUGUGUACCUAGUGUAAGUCUCAUUUUUAUUUUUUUUUUAAAGUACAGUUUUGAUAGAUUUUAACCUAAAACUUUGGCAUUGUAAAUUAAAUGCCUUAGAAAAUCAAGCUCUAAUUAACAGCUUACCUCUAAAAUAUAUCAGUUUUUGAGUGCAGGAAAUAAUUAUGCACACUGUAUCAAAAUCAUCUGCAAUAUAAACAUUGUUUGCAAAAAAUAUUAUCUCUUUUUUGUUAAUUUUUUUAGUGAAUAUAACAUUCCAAGUAAUCUCAAUGAUGAUUCGUCCAUUCCAAUAACUGAGUAUCUGUGCCCUUGAACGUCUUGUAGUAAAAGUGAAGUCAUAAUUGUUUGCUGCCCUCAAUGAAUGAACGCUGCAACCGACACUGACCAAUGAUGGUUGGCGUUUUCAUGUCAAAAGGCAUCCAGCAAUUUUAACUUCCUCUUUGUCCUGUGUGAUAGGAUGAAGGCCUAUCUAUUUUUAACACCUUGUGUAUUAUAUUUUACAUACAGUGAAUCUAAAUUUUUAAGUGUACAGUAGAAAUUAUAUAGAAGCAGUUCAUUUCCAGUACAGAUCCUUAGAUAUCAAAUGUGUUUCUGUAUAUCUAACAAAAAAAUCAAAUUAACUACAAGAUUAAGCACUUUAUUACCUUACAGACCGAGUCUCAUUAAUGGGGCCAUGGAGUAGAAUUAGUGUUUUUAUUAAACAAAAAAAUCAUGAAAAUUCAAAUGAUUUGAGCCCGGAAAUCUAGAAUUUAAAAGCGAACAUCUUAACCACCAUAUUAUUUCAUAGCUGUUUUUACCAUACAACUCCCUAAAUGUUAGUUGAUAAUCUCCGUAUAAGUACAGUAUGUUAUGGUCAAUCAAUAUCUUGUUUAAAUACAUUGUUCUAUCGUAGAUUGUUAGUGAAGGAUCUAUUUUUAUAAAACAUUCAAAUUAUUUGAAUAUCUUCAGAUAAUUGCAUGAUAUUCAAUCAGUGGUUGAGUGUUAGUCUGCCCUUGAGUGAGUGUUAUGUAUUUUUAUAUGCUUGGGUGAUGUUGACAUUUUUCUGUCGACUUGUAUUUUCAUGAGAAAUAUUUUGUUUAAAUAAUUUCUUUAUAUUGACAUUGUAGGUCAGUAUUUUAGUCAAUAUUUCAUUCCACUCUGUUGAAAUUGAUAAAGCAAUUUUUCAGGUGGAACAAAAAUAUUAGACGAACGGAGAGUUGUUGGACCAAAAGAAAACACAUUCGCUUAAAACCUUCAAACCAUUCCUAUAUUUUAAUUAGUUGUAAUGGUUUCUUUGUUUACUAUAUAGUGCCUAUGAUGAAGAUGGAUGAAACACAAUGAAGAUUGUAGUGAAGUUAUAUGUAGAAAAUAAUUAGAAAUUAAAUAACCUGUAUAUUUUGGAUUUUUGGAUGAAAUAAUAAUUUUAUAUGUUUAAUAUUUAGAAUUUUCUACAAUAUUAUCAAUUGCUAUUUUGGAAUCUGCAACUCUGUUUCUGUAUUUUGUAUUGUAAAAGUUGUGUGCAUUUUGUAAAAAAUAAUUAGUUGUUGAUUGCAGGCCUGGUUGAUUGUACUUUAACAAGACAGCACCAGUUAUUUUAUUUGAGUCGUCAAAUUUUAGCUCGCAAAAAAUAUUAUAACAUUUUAAAAUCAUAAGGGUAUGAUCCAGGCAUAUAAACUUAUCUUGUAUUUUAAAUGUGAUUUUAUUUUUUUUAUUUGUUUUAUAUCUUAUUAUAUACCUCCUGGUAUAACAGUUUUGUUUUUUAUUUAACUUCUAUUUUCCUGUUAUUAUUUUAGAAUUGUAAUUUUUUUAAAGAGUAGAAUAAUUUUGCCUGCUUUUGAAAGAUUGAAUCACAGAUUUCAGUGGGUAAUAAAUGUAUCAUCGAUCUUUUGUCAAUGAAUAAAAAUUGUGAGAUUUCAAUAAAUUUAAUAUCAAACUUCUUAUAACAAAUUUAAUUUAGAUACAAUUAUAGGAAGAGAUGGUAAUUUUUAAAAUUCCAUUCAUAUCAUCAUUGUCUGAAAUUUAAAAAUAAAUAAAUAAAUAAAAACUUAUUUUUUAUUUUAAAAGAAAUGAUGAAAAAAUAUGGCAUACAGCUCAUGUAUGGUUUUUAACCACUCAAAUUAUCCGACACAUAGAAUGUGCAUAAUUAUGUGGUAAUUAACCAAUCAAAUUAUUUGACACAUACAGUACAUGUUGAUCGUGUUUGGUACUAAAAAUGAGAUAUAGUUUUUGUAUGAAGAUUGUAAAUAGAAUGUAAAAUAACCCUGGUAGUCAUUGUUAUUGGUUUAAUAUAAUAUUUUAGAAGUCAGAAAAGCUUGCUGCAAAUUUAAAUUGAAUAUUCAAAUUAGCUUAUGCAUAUGCAUGUAAAUACCAGAUGCAAUGUAUGUCCUGUACUUUGAUGUUUUUUAUAUAAUGCGUUUGUGUGUGCGUGUGCUAUUUUCAACAACUCCACUAGAUUAGUAUGAAUGUGAAAAAAAGAAUUUUAUUAUAAAAAGAAAGGGUGUGCACAAAUGUUUAAUAUGUAAAUUAUGAAUUUACAUGUUAAUGAGUAUGUAAAUUAUAAAUUUACAUGUUAAUAAGCAUGUAAAUUGUGAGUUUACUUGUUAUUGAAUACAGUAUGUGAAAUUGCUUAUAUUGAUAAAGUAAAUUAUGAAUUUACAUAUUAUUUAGUAUGGAAAUUGUAAAUUUUAUUAAUUUUUUAAAAACUUUCUUCUAGCAUGUUUUCAGUAAUACUCAGAUUCUUGUCAAAUGUCGAUUUUACAUGUUCAACUUUCUAUUGGUUUUUUAUCAACCUGUAUGCCUUGAUAUUCAAAUAACAAUUGUCACUAUAUAGACUCAUAUAUCCGUCCAUGGUGAUAGAUUCAGUACUGCCCAAGUACGAAGAAUAACAAUAAUUAAAAUACCGUCCAUACUAUUGUUACCAUUUUCCAGACAUCGCCGUCCAUGUUUUUUAGUAAAUAACCAAAAUUAAUUGAAGGACCAACAAAUAAGUGUUUGAUAUGUAAUACCUUUGAAGUAUUUGAUAAAAUACCGUAUAUAUCUAUCUAUUUAUUACUUCAAAUUUGUGACCAAUAUUUAUCUUUGAAUUAAUGUCCUUUGAGGUACCAAUGUAUUUAAUCAGGUAUAUUCUAGGGUAACUGAAGUUUCUAGUGUCUAUCACAGUAAAGUUAGUAAACAUGCUGUACCAUGAUUGUUAAAAAAUUGUUCAUGUAUUUUUUUAUUUUUUUUUUCAUUUAUUGUAUACAUAUAUUUUUUUAUUUCUUUAGUACAGGUAUUGACUUGACAAGGGCUGAUGAUGGGUGACAUUGGGAGGUUUUGGGUUGCCAGCUGGGGGUAUAAAAUAAAGGUGAUUUUAAACUACCCUGUACAUAUGUAAUUUUUUUUUUCCCAGCAAGUAUUCAGUAUGGGUGACUGAGGGUUACAUAAUUUCUGGAGUGAGUUCCCCAUCCUUUAUUUAUACACUACUGUAUUAAAUAAUGAAGAACAUUCACAAUGCUCUUUAAACCAAGUCCCAUUAUAUAAAAAUUUAAAAAAAUGUUGCUUACAGGAUUUGAACCCAGAACUCUGGGAUUGGAUGGUGGGCAUUUUAUUUUCCUUAGCUACAACUGCAGGGUUAUAUUCUAUUUGCUUAUAUUUCACAAAGUAAUUUUUUUUUCAUGAAACUUGAAAUUAUAUCAGAAUGUUAUUUUUUGAAAACUAUCAUUGAUUUUAUGUGUGCUGUGAGAUGGGUAUUGGGACUUUAGUGUACUGAUGUGGUCCUUUUUUUUUCUUUUGUGAAAAAUUCUAAAAUUUGAAUGUAAAAAAUUUAAACUUUGAAAUGUUUUAGUGUAAAACUGGGAGUAGGAAAUAUCACAGAAAAGAUGCUUGUACCGGUAUUUUUAAAAAGUCCUACAUAUUUUUGAAUAUGGCAAGAUGCCAUAAUUGGUCAUUGAAAGCAUUAUUAGCUUCAGGUUCCAUACUGGUAUUGGUGAACAUAAUUUAAACCAUACCAACUAUUAUUAUUAACCGCCUUCACAAAGUAUUAUAUUAUUUUUAUUACAUAUAGAUAUAUGUUUUAUAAAUGUGUAUAUAUUUAUAUAAAUAUAUAUAUUUCCAUGCAGAAACAACCUUUAGAUCCUGUCAGCAUCGUGGAUGUAGGAUAUUGCAAGUCUCUCUUUGUCCUCUGUAUUCUAUUUUGGAAAAAAAAAAACAAUUUACAGCAAAAUAUUCUGUAUGUAUGUGUUUGUGUAGUUAGUUAUGAAAAGAAAUAAAACUUAUGUGAAUGAA